CUUGGUUUCCUGCUACCUCCAGCCAUGGGCCUUUGGGGCCUACUUUGUUUUAUAUUCUUCUUGGGGAAAAGUUGGGCACAGGAACAAACGUAUGUCAUUUCAGCACCAAAAGUGUUCCGUGUUGGAGCCUCUGAAAAUAUUGUGAUUCAAGUUUAUGGAUACACUGAAGCAUUUGAUGCAACAAUCUCUAUUAAAAGUUAUCCUGAUAAAAAAUUCAGUUAUGCUUCAGACUACGUUCACUUAUCCACAGAAAAUAAAUUUCAAAACUCUGCAAUCUUAACAAUACAACCUAAACAGUUAUCUGACAGACAAAACCCAGUUUCACAUGUAUAUUUGGAAGUUGUAUCGAAGCAUUUUUUAAACUCAAAAAAGAUUCCAAUAACCUAUGACAAUGGAUUUCUCUUCAUUCAUACAGACAAACCUGUUUACACUCCAGACCAGCCAGUAAAGAUUAGAGUUUAUUCCCUGAAUGAUGAGUUGAAGCCAGCCAAAAGAGAAACUGUCUUAACUUUCAUAGAUCCCGAAGGAUCAGAAGUUGACAUUGUAGAAGAAAAUGAUUAUACUGGAAUUAUCUCUUUUCCUGACUUCAAGAUUCCAUCUAAUCCUAGAUAUGGUGUGUGGACAAUUCGAGCUAAAUAUAAAGAAGACUUUUCAACAGCUGGAACCACAUAUUUUGAAGUUAAGGAAUAUGUGUUGCCACAUUUUUCUGUCUCAGUAGAACCAGAAAAUAAUUUCAUUGGUUAUAAGGACUUUGACAAUUUUGAAAUUACUAUAAAAGCAAGAUAUUUUUAUAAUAAAGUAGUCACUGAUGCUGACGUUUAUGUCUUUUUUGGAAUAUCAGAAGACUUAAAAGGUACUCAGAAAGAAAUGAUGCAAGCAGCAGCACAAAGCACUAUGUUGACAAAUGGAGUGGCUCACAUCACAUUUAACUCUGAAACAGCAAUUAAAGAGUUGUCCUACAACAGUCUGGAAGAUGUAAACAACAUGUACCUUUAUGUUGGUGUCACUGUCACAGAGUUAACAGGUGGACUUUCCGAAGAGGCAGAAAUUACUGGCAUCCAAUAUGUCCUCUCGCCCUACAGUCUGAAUUUGGUGGCUACUCCUCUUUUCUUAAAGCCUGGGAUUCCAUAUUCUAUCAAGGUGCAGGUUAAGGACUCGCUUGACCAGUUCGUAGGAGGGGUCCCAGUGACCCUGAGUGCACAAACACUUGAUGAAAACCAAGAGAUGUCAGACUUGGAGUCAAAGCAAAGUGUAACACGUUCCACUGAUGGAGUAGCUUCGUUUGUGGUCAAUCUCCCAUCUGGAGUGACGGUGCUGCAAUUUAACGUCAAGACCAAUGAUCCUUAUCUUCCAGAAGAAAAUCAGGCCAGCAAAAUGUACAGCGCAGUAGCAUAUAAAUCUCUCAGCCAAAGUUACCUUUAUAUUGACUGGACUGAAAACUAUAAACCUUUUCGUGUGGGAGAACAUCUGAAUGUUAUUGUUACCCCAAAAAGUCCAUAUAUUGACAAAAUAACUCACUACAAUUAUUUGAUUUUAUCCAAGGGCAAAAUUGUUCACUUUGGCACAAGGGAGAAGCUUUUGGAUUCUUCUUAUCAAAGUAUAAACAUUCCAGUAACACAGAAUAUGGUUCCUUCAGCCCGCCUCCUGGUCUACUACAUCGUCACUAGAGAGCAAACUGCAGAAUUAGUGUCUGAUUCAGUCUGGUUAAAUAUUGAAGAAAAGUGUAGCAACCAGCUCCAGGUCCAGCUGUCUCCAAGUGCAGAUGCAUAUUCUCCAGCCCAGCAGGUUUAUCUUAAUAUGGCAGCCGAGUCAGAUUCCUGGGUGGCUCUAACAGCAGUAGACAGUGCUGUAUAUGGAGUUCAAAGGAAAGUCAAGAAGCCCUUGGAAACAGUAUUUCGAACUUCAGAGAAGAGUGACCUGGGCUGUGGAGCAGGCGGUGGUCGUGACAAUGCAAAUGUUUUCCAUCUGGCAGGACUCACCUUCCUCACCAAUGCAAAUGCAGAUAACACCCAGGAAAAUGAUGAACUUUGUAAGGAAAUUCUCAGACCAAGAAGAAUGCUAAAGAAAAUAGAGGAAGAAGCUGCUAAAUACAAACAUCUAAUAGUGAAGAGAUGCUGUCAUGAUGGAGCAGCCUUGCGUCAUUAUGAUGAAACCUGUGAGGAGCGAGCUGCCCGGAUUAAAGUAGGCCCAAAAUGUGUGCAAGCUUUCAUGAGUUGUUGUGCCAUUGCCAGUGAGUUUCGUGCCAAUUUUUCCCAUAAAUUUCUCCAGCUGGGAAGGCUAGGUAUAAAAACUGUGUUACCAGUAACCAAGCCAGAAAUAAGGAGCUAUUUUCCAGAAAGCUGGUUAUGGGAAGUUCAUUAUGUCCCCAAAAGAAAGCAGCUGCAAUUUGCACUACCUGAUUCUCUCACUACCUGGGAAGUUCAAGGUGUUGGCAUUUCAAAUAGUGGUAUAUGUGUUGCUGAUACUCUCAAGGUAAAAGUGUUCAAAGAUGUCUUCCUGGAAAUGCAUAUACCAUAUUCUGUUGUACGAGGGGAACUGAUCCAACUGAAAGGAACUGUUUAUAACUAUAGGACAUCUGGGAUGCCAUUCUGUGUUAAAAUGUCUACUACGGAGGGAAUCUGUAUGUCGGGAAGUCCAGCCACUGGCCAUCAGGGAACUAAGACCUCCAGAUGUGUGCACCAGAAAAUAGAAGGCUCCUCCAGUCACUUGGUGACCUUCAGUGUGCUUCCUCUGAAAAUCGGCCUCCACAACAUCAAUUUUACACUGGACACUUCGCUGGGAAGAGAAAUCUUAGUAAAAACAUUACGAGUGGUGCCAGAAGGCAUCAAAAGGGAAAGUUAUGCAGGUGCUACUCUGGAUCCAAAAGGAAUUUAUGGUCCUGCUAAUAGACAGAAGGAGUUCCCAUACAGGGUUCCAUUAGAUUUAGUCCCCAAGACAAAAGUCAAGAGGAUCAUGAGUGUAAAAGGAAUGCUUCUAGGUGAGGUUAUGUCUGCAGCUCUGAGUCAGAAAGGCAUUGAAAUCCUUACCCACCUCCCCAAGGGGAAUGCAGAAGCAGAACUGAUGAGUGUUGUCCCAGUAUUCUAUGUUUAUCACUACCUGGAAGAAGGAAGUAAUUGGAAGAUUUUUUAUCCUGACUCAUUAGCUAAAAAACAAGACAUGGAGAAAAAAAUGAAACAAGGAAUAAUGAGCAUCAUGUCCUACAGAAAUGCUGACUACUCUUACAGCAUGUGGAAAGGUGGAAGUUCUAGCACUUGGUUAACAGCUUUUGUUUUAAGAGUGCUUGGGCAAGUAAACAAAUACAUAAAACAGGACAAAAAUUCAAUUUGUAAUUCUGUUUUUUGGCUGGUUGAGCAUUGUCAACUAGAAAAUGGAUCUUUCCAGGAAAAGUCCCAGUAUGAACCAGUAAAAUUGCAGGGUAUCUUGCCUACAGAAACCAGAGAAAAAACUUUGUAUCUUACAGCCUUUGUUGUGAUAGGAAUUAGAAAGGCUUUUGAUAUAUGUCCAUUGAUGGAAAUCGAUAAGGCUCUAACUAAAGCUGAUAACUUUCUGCUUGAAAACACCCCAUUAGCCCAAAGCACUUUUACACUGGCCAUUGCCUCUUAUGCUCUAUCCCUGGGAGAUAAAACUCACCCACAGUUUCGCUCAAUUGCUUCAACCCUGAAGAAGAAAGCUUCAGUUAAAGGUAGUCAACCCAUGUAUCGUUUUUGGAAAGAUGAUCUUGAACAGCAAGCCCGUUCUUCUCACACCAGUACAGCACGUAUGGUAGAAACCACUGCCUAUGCUUUACUCACCAGCCUAAGUUUAAAAGAGAUAAAUUAUGUUAACCCAAUCAUCAAGUGGCUGUCUGAAGAGCAGAGGUAUGGAGGAGGCUUUCACUCCACCCAGGAUACGAUCAAUGCCAUUGAGGGCCUAACAGAAUAUUCACUCCUGGUGAAAAAAUUCCAAUUGAACAUGGACAUCAAAGUUUUUUAUAAGAAUAAAGGUGACUUCUACCAUUACAAAGUGACAGACAAUCAUUUCCUUGGGAAACCAGUAGAGGUGCCUCUCAAUGAUGACCUGGUCAUCAGUACUGGAUUCAGCAAUGGCGUGGCUACAGUGCACGUAACAACUGUGGUUCACAAAAUUAGUACCUCUGAGGAAGUUUGCAGCUUUCAUCUGAAAAUUGAAGUCCAGGACAUGGAAGCAUCAAGCAUCAGAGGCUAUGGGAACUCAGAAUACAAGCGCAUAAUGGCGUGUGCCAGUUACAAGCCUAGCAGCGAAGAAUCAUCAUCUGGGUCUUCCCAUGCAGUGAUGGAUAUCUCUUUGCCUACUGGAAUCAAUGCAAAUACAGAAGACAUAAAAGCUCUUGUGGAACCAGUGGACCGACUAUUAGAUGAUUACCAAAUCAAAGAUGGACAUGUGAUUCUGCAACUGAGCUCGAUUCCCUCCAAUGACUUCCUUUGUGUCCGAUUUCGGAUAUUUGAACUUUUUCAAGUUGGGUUUCGGAGUCCUACGACUUUCACAGUGUAUGAGUACCACAGGCCAGAUAAACAGUGCACCAUGUUCUAUAGUACGUCCCCUUCUAAGCUUCAGAAAGUUUGUGAAGGAGCAACGUGCAUGUGUGUAGAAGCUGACUGUGGACAAAUACAGACAGAAUUGGAUCUGACAAUCUCUGCAGAUACUAGAAAAGAAACAGCUUGUAAACCAGAAAUUGCAUAUGCCUAUAAAGUUAAAAUCACAGCCAUCACGGAAGAAAAUGUUUUUGUUAAAUACACUGCAACCCUCCUGGACACCUUCAAAGCUGGAGAAGCUGCAGCUGAGAAAAACUCUGAAAUUACCUUUAUUAAAAAGGCAACCUGUGCUAAUGCUGACCUGGUAAAAGGAAGACAGUAUUUAAUAAUGGGUAAAGAAGCCCUCCACAUCAAACACAACUUCAGUUUCAAGUAUAUCUAUCCUUUAGACUCCUUUACCUGGAUUGAAUAUUGGCCUACAGACAAAACUUGUCCAUCAUGCCAAGAAUUUUUGGGGCUAUUGGAUGAAUUUGCUGAAGACAUAUUUUUAAAUGGCUGCGAAAAUGCCUGAAGAAACUGAGCUGGCACAGUUUUCACUGUGGUCUCCUGUUGUUGAAGUUUCUUUAUGCUUUUUUUUCUUUUAACAUUCA